CCCAACUCCCUGGGGCUGGCUCGGGGCGGAGCUCCGCCAGGGGGCGCUGUGACAUCACAGGGGCGGCCUGAGGGGCAACUUCCAAGCGCCAGCCCGGGUGGGCGGUGCCAGGACUCCGCGCCUGAGGAGCCUGAGCCCGGCUCCAGGUGAGGCGCUACCUGGGCGCUGCCGUGACGCCAUGCCUGAGGGGCGCGGCUCCUCCCGCCCGCCCGGGCCCGCGGCGCCAGACAAGGCGGAGAGAGACCGACGAGACCCCCAGCCCCCGGGGGAGUUCGAGAGCAGGUCCUUCGAGCACCUCGGCGGGCGGCUGCCGCCCUUCUAGGCGGGAACCUGGAGGAGAUCCCCAACCCCCCGGUGCGGCCCAGCGACCCGUGGAUGUCACCUGCCCCAAGUCAGGACGCCACAUCGCCGCUGUGGAUCCCGGAGCGUGCUGUCCAACAUGUCCAGUCAACUGAAACCGGACCCAGUUGCCAUGCACCCAAAGAAAUUGAUCACCUUCCCUCCUCCAAGGCCAGAGACUCCACAAACACCUCAGAGUCAUCUGAAACCAGAGUGUCUGAUCCCUCCAAUGAAGAAAAUGCGAAUGACUUCUAAUUUUGGGCUUUCGUGUCAUCAUAGACAUUCUGCGCGGUCAACCGCAAGAGGGCUUGUUCCCACCUGGGGUCAGAUAAAGGCUUUGACUGGGCAAGCAGAAAACUUGGUCAUUCAACAGGGAGUAGUCACCCCCCUCCACAAUGUUCAUUGCUAUUUUAGCCGUGUUAUCCUGCCAGGUAGGACUUUCAUGUUCUUCUACUUAUUGGGUAUACUUAGCUGAACCCCCUCUCUUACAACCUGCAACUUGGGAAAAUGCUAAUGUUCCUGUUUUUAUAAAUAACACAGCUUUAUUAGGUGGUUCCUCUUCAUCACACAUUAGGAAGCAAGUGAACACCAGUUUCACUUUCAUAGGCUAGUCUGAUACACUUCCCCUCUGCUUUACGAGGAGCCCUUCUCACUUCCCCAGAGCAGGAUGUAUUAUGAUGCAAACUAGGCCCAGGUAUACUGACUCUCCACAUGAAAACUCUGUUUCCAAGCCUCCCCUAAUGUCGGUCCGCAAUCCUAAACGUGACUUGUGGACCAUGUCCAUGCUAGCACCUGGCAUUCUGAAUGCCAUUUUAGAAACCCCAAUUUCAUCGAAUCCACCCCCAGCUUUCUUAUCUCCUUGUCCCCCAGCUACAGAUGUUUUAGGGAAGUUUGUAGACCCUAACCAUGGUUUUCCUCCAUGGAUGACUUGUAUGUUCCCUAUGGGAGUUGCAUACAAGCCUUUACAAACCAAUGAAGAAAUUACUAAUUGGUCUAUCCCUGCUCCCAAAAUGAAAGAUUUGCCCAUGGACCUUGGGCAAACAGAAUAUGGGCACCCAAAGUGCCGCUCUGCUAAGCCCAAGGAAAAUUCAGUUGCCUUUCAAUAUUCCUCAGGAUGGGUGGAUGGAAUCCUGACCUGGUGAAAAAACCAAGUGUUUUUUCCUCAGCAAUUUCUAUGGCAAUUAUUAGCUGCCACUGGACCCAUUACCCUUAUUAGGCCACUAUCACCCAACUCAGAAUCUCAACAUUUCUAUGUACAGGCUUGUGUGCAAGCCCCUUUUGUUCUUUUAGUGGAUUCAUCAGAUAGUCAUUUGACUAUGCUAUAUGAAAAUAAUGUAUAUACAAUUUCUUGCAUGAGUUGUCUCCUUACUAAUAGCAUAAGUAAUAUUGGUCAUAAUGCAACAAUUUUAGUUUUAAAGCAGCCACCUUUUGUCAUGUUACCUGUAAAGACUGAUGGACCUUGGUAUGACAGCCCAGGCCUCCAGGCAUUACAGGAAGUUAAUUAUGCACUCAAACGUCAAAAAAGAAUUAUUGGAGCAAUAAUUGUAGGUAUCACAGCUUUAAUUAGCAUUAUAGGGGCGGUUGUGGCCGUGACCACUGCCCUAGUUCAGGAAGUUCACACCGCCCGAUAUGUAGAUGCUUUAUCAAGAAAUGUGAUGUUAGCACUAGCCGCACAGGAAAAUAUAGAUAAAAAGCUUGAAGCUAAAGUAAACACAUUAGAAGAAGCAGUUGAAACCUUGGGUAAUCAGCUUCUUGGCCUGAGGGUAAGAUUAUUACUUAGAUGUCAUAUUGAAUAUCAAUGGAUUUGUGUUACGCCUAAAGAAUAUAAUGAAUCUUUGCAUGCUUGGCAUAAGAUACAAAUGCAUCUGCAAGGAGUUUGGAACAAUAGUGAUAUAAGUUUAGAUCUUUCAACCUUGCAUAAAGAAAUUCAAGAUAUACCACAGUCAGACUCUGCUUUGUUACCUUCCUCUGCAGUGGCCUCUGAUUUUCUCUCUCAGAUAACUUCACAUAUCUCUAAUUCUUCAUUAGUCUUUACUCUAUAUUCUUAUAUAGGAAUUGCUGUGCUUGUUCUAAUCUUAUUAAUUUUUCUUCCUAUAGUCAUCAAGCUCCUCUUCCGAGGAAUCCAGCAGGUCCGCAUCGAGCUCGCAACCUUACGACUAAAAAAUAAAAAGGGGGGAGAUGCGGGCAGCCAAUUCAGCACCCGGCACAGUCCUUGGGCCUUCAGUACAUGUUGUGGUGACUGUUCCGCAAGGCGGAGCAUCGAGUGGCACCUAUGAUUCCUGCCUAAAAGGAAUUUGUUUCUUGCUGCUGUUUCUUAUAUUCAUACUGCCUCUUUUUCUCAUUUAGCGUCUUUUGGGCCCUGUGGUGGUGGAAUGCUCCCACACCGAGCUACAUUAAUAAGCCAGCGGCUUACCCUGCAUUAGCUUCAGCAUAAGUGAAAAUGCCUGCUCCUUUCUUAGAAGACAAUAGGUCACCCUUUCUGCUCACUCCCACUGACCAUCUGUCAACUAGGCAGACAUCCCCCUUCCCAAGCUUUGAAAGAGUUAGCUAGAAGAAAUAAAUAGCUUUGGAAGAGUUAGCUAGAAGAAACAAAAAGGUAAUGAUUAACAGAUUUAAAAACAUGAACACAAAAUAUAGUUAUAGAUUGCUUGGUACCAAAUAACAGGAACUGCUAUGCCUGUGCCGGAACACUGUGUCUUGCUGUGCUCCAGGGAGUCUGUCCCUGCUAGCCCAUUGAUCAUUGUGUGAGAAUAAAUAAUGCCUGAGAUUUAGCCAAAAUAUUCUAGUAUUGUAUGCCUGAGUGCUAGUGCGUAUGUUACAGAGAAUUAUAAAAAUAAAGCUCUGAUGCUCUGCUUGGUCGGAGAUUCCAUCUUCGUACCCGGACACAACAAGGUGUCUGUCUCCCUCUUUCGCCAACUCCAGCCCCCCUAUCAGGACCCUGACCAUUGCUGAGGCUGGCCCUUGGCAGUUAUUUGUUAUCUCUCUCCUGCAAUUUAAUGUAAACUC